AUGUCAACGACGGCAUCUAGUCUCGAAAAAUCUGGAAUGUUCUUUGCUCAUCGAACUCGCUUCAUUGUUCUUAUUCUUGGGUAAGUUUAUCUGAUCUUUAAUGAAAAUUCAGAUCUCAAUGUUUAGAUUAAUGUUCAUUAUGUUCACAAAUAGUAACUAUAAUACAAUUACAUUCUCAGUUAUUUGUAUGGAAGAUGUUGUCGAAGAACAAUCGAAAAACACAAAUGAAACACGUAUGUUUGUAACAAUAAGAUGGACUCGAAUAAAACAUUCACAUAUUUUCAGAUUGGCUAGAAACAUCAUCGAAAGUUUCAGCUGUAUUUUCAGCUGGUGCAGUUGGUGCAAUUGUUGGGUUAAUUCCAAGUGUUCCAUUUACAAAUCUUCUAGGAAUUCGUGUAGUUCUUUCAUUUUAUGGAAUUGUUGCCUCAUUAGCAACCCUUUUAAUGCCAUUGGCUGUUGAAAUUGGUUAUUUUGCAGUUAUUGUAAUGAGAUUUUGUCAAGGCUUUGGAACAUCAAUUCUUUUCUCAUCAAUUGGUUCAAUUUCUGAGGGCUGGUCUCCAAUCACUGAAAUCAGCACAUAUGUUGCAAUUUUAUCAGCAGGAUUUCAGGUGGGAAUUUCAAACUAUUAAAAUGAUAUGCAAAUUUUUGUAGAUCAGUAAUAUAAUACUUAUGCCUGCGGCUGGAAUACUUUGUGACUCUGAUUGGGGAUGGAGAUCAAUUUAUUAUAUUUUUGGAGGAUCUGCAACUCUUUUCAAUAUUUUGUUUUUCUUCUUUUUCACUGACAGAGCAUCAAUGCACAGGUUUGACUUUUUAUUUCGAUUAACCCACCAUUUUCAAAGAUUUUCUAUAGAAAUGUGAGCAAAAAAGAGUUGGCGAUAAUUGACAAUGGAAGAGUGGAAAAUAAUGCAAAAUCUGUGCCAUAUUUAGCCAUUUGUAAAGAUAAAGUAGUACUUUCUGUUUGGCUAACUGCAGUUGGAGGAAAUCUUUCAAUGAUGUGCUUAAUUAUUUAUGGUCCAACAUAUUUAAACAAAGUUUUACAUUUGGAUGUAAAAGAAACUGGAUUCAGUAAUGCGAUUCCUUAUAUUUUGGCUGCUCUUGUCAAAUUCAUAUGUGGGCCACUUUCAGAUGCACUGACUUUUAUUCCAGAUGUUGUAAGUUUUCUUGGUUCAAAAAAAUGAAAUCCAAAGAAUACUUUUUCAGUGGCGAGUUGUGUUUUUUGCUGCAGUUUCUCAAGGUGGAGUUGCAAUUGGAUAUUUUGUCAUGGCUUUGGUAAUUUUUAUUUCUUAGAGUAGAUCAAAGCUUUCUGAUUUUCAGACUAACACUCGUAUUGUUGCACAAAUUGCCUAUACUUGGUCAAUUGUUAUGCUUGGUGUGAAUGUUGUUGGAGUUGUUAAAUGUGCUCAAUUGGUAUUUGAUUUCUUGUUUUUAUCCUCAAAGUUUUAUUAAUUUUUAGCGAGCUCGUCAUCACGUGCAUUUUGUAAUGGCUGUAAUUUCAUUUUCAGCCUGGAUUGCUGUUUUCAUUCUUCCAAUUGUUGUUAGUUUUAUGUGUCCUGAUAAUCUACCUGAACAAUGGUCUCGUUUUUUUAUCGUUGUUGGAAUCUGGGUUGUUGUUAUGAAUGUUCCAUUUCCAUUUUUUGCAUCCGUCGAAGCAGCCGAUUAUACAAAACCUGAAUUUUCUCAAAAAGUCACUCCAGAAGUUGACGUCGAGAAAUAA